AUGAUCGCGCUGAUCAACAAACUGCUGGACUGGUUCAAGGCUCUGUUCUGGAAGGAGGAGAUGGAGCUGACCCUGGUGGGGCUGCAGUACUCCGGGAAGACCACCUUCGUUAACGUCAUAGCGGUGAGUGGCGGAGGCUGCGGCCGCUGCGGGGGGCAGGAGGCCGGGGCUCCGGGAACCGAAACCACCGUGGAUCCAGACUACGGUGGUUCCGGUUCUGGAUCCAUCGGUUCCUUCUCCAUCCUUUCUUCUUCUCUGUGCUCGUCAGGCAUCAGGUGCCCAGUCUGCUCCAAGAACGUGUCCUCAGAGGAGAUGGAUCUGCACCUGGUGCUGUGUCUGACCAAACCUCGCCUCACUUAUAACGAGGACGUCCUCUCUAAGGACGUGGGGGAAUGUGCCAUCUGCCUGGAGGACCUGCAGCAGGGGGACACCAUCGCCCGCCUUCCCUGCCUCUGCAUCUACCAUAAAGGGUGCAUCGAUGCGUGGUUCGAGGUGAACAGAUCCUGCCCGGAGCAUCCGUCAGACUAAAGCUUCCCUCACAGCGGUUACCGACUCUGAGAAGGUUCUACAGAACGGAGGCGGGAUCCAGAGGCCCGUUGGACCCUGUGAACACUGUGAACCCCCCCAUGUUGUAGAACCACCGCGUGCCAAACCUCUUUGGAGGAACUUCAGGGAUACCAGCCUUUCAGUCUCCAGGGGAACGGACCUACCUGCUCCUCACCUGACGGUCCAUUGGGAUAGGGAGGGCGGUUCUGGGAGGGUUCUGAUGCUGUGGGACCUCACCGCUCCUCGGUCGGCACCGAUUUCUCCCAGUGCCGUGAUGGGAAGCAGGAAGGAAAAGGUUGGAGCUGGAGGAGCUUUCACCACAGCUGCCAUUAAAGCAGAACCGAGCCAGAGACGAGCCGUCUGCAUGGGCAGCUCCGGGCCCGGCGGCGCCGAUCCACUGUGAAUACUGACUACCAUGCACCUCAUCCCCAUGGAGCCCGGUUCUCCAGGUCCAUUUCCCAGCCCAGCAGGACUAAAGCAUAAAGUUCUUCAGUCCAGGAACAGAACCUCUCUACCUGUUCUGUUGAUCCUCAGAAGAACUUUUACAAAGAGUCCACAGGUCCAACAGAACCUUCAGCUUUCCUUCACACCAUGCCUAAAGAUUCACCAGAGGUUCUGCUUCCUGUGGACCUCCUGCUCGGCCGAGGACAGGCAGUCCAGCCCAGAGCUGCCGCUUCCUCUGAGACCACAUCCUUGACCAGGUCCCCCACUGCGCCGUUCUGUUCCAGAACCCACUGUUUGAUUCUACUGGAUCCAGAACGGGUCGGUCACUCUGCCGCAGUGGUUCUGGUCACCUUGUUUCUUCUCAAUAGACUAAAACUCAUCCUUGAUUCCUGGAAUGUGAGAGUUUGAUCCGUUCCCACAGCAUGACGCCUACAGCGCCAUACUUCAGACUGUCCGUCCAAUCAGAGCCAGGUUCUCUGUGACUUUGGCCACUAGAAUCAGAGUUAAAGUUAUUUAAGUUAGUAACUUGGUUAAGU